CAAUCCUAAAUAAUAUAAAAGAGUGUACAUAAAUAUAUUUGGUUAUCGAAAUCAAACUUCAAAGAAAACGUGUGUUCAACAAAUUAUCCAAGAAAUUAAAUAAACAUAAAUUUGCUUACAAAAAGAGUAGCAAGCAUUCUUCAAAGGAUAUAUCCAGCUGCUGCUAUUUCCUCAUCCAACAAUAAUGGAGCUACAACUUUAUUCCCUUGCUCUUGCCACUUCCCUCACAUUACUUUUCCUUCUGAUUGUGAAGUUAUCUAAGAAAUUAGCAAAAAACCCUAAUCUAAACUUGCCUCCAGGUCCAUGGAAAUUGCCUCUCCUAGGUAGUAUUCACCACUUAAUAAGCAUAUUACCUCACCAUACUCUGAGAGAUUUAGCCAAAAAGCACGGCCCGUUAAUGCACUUGCAGCUUGGUGAAAUCUCUACAAUAGUUAUUUCGACUCCUCAAGCAGCCAAAGAGGUAUUAAAAGUUCAAGACAUCGCAUUCACAAAUCGCCCUGAGCUUUUAAGUGUCAAGAUUUUGUGUUACAACUAUUCGGAUAUUGCUUUUGCACCCUAUGGAAAUUACUGGAGACAAAUGCGUAAGUUGUGCACGUUAGAACUCUUGAGUGCCAAGAAUGUACAAUCAUUUGCCUCUAUAAGGGAGGAAGAAGCAUUCGACCUUGUUGAAUAUGUGAAAUCAAAAUCUGGAUCCACUAUUAACCUUACAGAAAAGUUGUAUGCUCUUACAAAUGCUGUAAUUUGUAGAGCAGCAUUUGGGAAGAGGAGAAAAGAAGAAUCAGCAUAUUUUAUGUCUUUGAUAAAGGAAGUGUCUUUAAUGGUAACAGGUUUGGAUAUAAGUGAAGUGUUUCCUUCACUCAAAUUUUUGCAUGCCAUUACUGGGACAAAAGCAAAAUUAGUGAAGCUUCACAAAAAGCUUGACAAGGUGCUUGACAUGAUAAUUGAAGAGCAUAAGGAGAACCUGCAAUUAGUAAGCUUGAAAAAGAAUGGUGAAGAAGAAUCAAUAAGAAAAGAAGAUUUGGUGAAUUUGCUAUUGAGACUCCAAGAAAGUGGCACUCUUGAAUUUCCCUUCACUGCAGACAAUAUCAAAGCAGUCAUAUUGGACAUGUUUGUAGCCGGGACUGAGACUUCAGCUACCGUUCUUGAUUGGGCAAUGGUAGAAAUGAUGAGAAAUCCCAAAGUCAUGGAAAAGGCACAAAUAGAAUUGAGACAAAUUCUCAAGGGAAAGAGAAGAGUAAAAGAGAAUGAUUUAAAAGAAGUGAGGUAUCUAAAGUUAGUAAUUAAAGAAACUCUAAGGUUACAUCCACCACUUCCUUUGUUACUUCCAAGAGAAUGCAGGGAGCAAUGUGCAAUUAAUGGAUAUGAUAUUCCCAUAAAAACAAAGGUAAUUGUAAAUGCAUGGGCAAUUAAUAGAGAUGUUGAGUUUUGGGAAGAUGCUGAGAGAUUUGUACCAGAGAGGUUCAAUGAUAGUAGAAAUAAUAUGGAAUUUAUAGGACAAGAGUUUGAGUAUUUACCAUUUGGGGGAGGAAGAAGAAUGUGCCCUGGAAUUUCAUUUGGUUUAGCCAACAUUGAGCUGACUUUAGCUCAACUUCUUUAUUAUUUCAAUUGGAAGCUGCCUAAUGAGAUGAAGCCUGAGGAUCUUGAUGUUACUGAAACACCUGGUUCUAGCUGCAGAAGGAAAUGUAAUUUGUAUGUAAUUGCAACACCUGUAAUAAUGGAAUAAUUGAUAGCUAGAAAUUGUGUAGCAGAUGAAUAAGAAGAUGAAAGAAAAUGUAAGGUACUUAAUUGAUAAGUAUGAUGAGAUAUCAGUAAUUAAUUACUGUUUUGUGAUA